CAAGUGACCUCAGAUUAUGGCGUACAAAUACCCGUAUAGGAAGCAAUAAUGCAAUUCCUUGUUUUGAUCUUUCCGAUAGCAACGAAAUAUUGUCAUAUUUUGAGAUCAAAGACAUUUGGAAAGAAGAUCCUCCCAAAUCCAAUCUCCACGUAGUUAUUAAAAUCGAAGUUGUCGCCCUCAACUGCAUAAUUUCUGGUUACCCUUCUGAUACAUACUAUCCGAUUGAAAUCUCUGUAGAAAGAAAUGUUGGUGAACUCAAGUCUAUGAUAAAAAAACGAUGGAAACCUCUCUUUAGUCAUAUUGUUUCCAACGAACUAAAACUCAUGGCUAUAAACAUCCCUCCUAAUCAGGUUAUUACAUAUGAAGAAGACAAGUGUGUCAUGAAGAACUUAGACAAAAUUAAGAGCGUUUUCGCUAAUUCAAUCUACAAUUAUAACCCUGAUCAUCUUCACGUAAUGAUAAGUUCAGAUACCUGGAAGGAAGUACAUUGUAAAGCCAUUUAUAAAAAAACUAUAUAUGAGAAGCACGAGAAACAAUUCCAAUGGAAGAUCACCCACGCAACGGUAACAUUAGUCAAAUUGAAGGACAAGUUACGCAAGUAUUUCUCAGAACUUCAUAAUAUUGCAAAACAGUCUAUUAAUCUUUAUAGGACACAUGAUGGAAACACCCAAGGGGAAUUUAUUCGAAGUGAUUCCAUGCUAGAGCGUAUCAUGUGGGGAAAGUUUUAUAGAAUCGAUGUUAGUAUAAUCAUCGAAGUUCAUCACGAAUAGCUACAUCAAAAUACUAGAUUGUGUAAACAACUCAUAUUUUUGUAUUUAAAGAACAGUUAUAUUUACGUACAAAAAAUAGAGCCUCGCAAUGUUAGAAUGA